GGAUUGUAUUUACAAAUCUCCCAUUUAAAAUAAAGAUGGAAAACGGAGUAGUUGGAGACAACAAAUUGAGUCAUGGAAGAAUCCCUCUUCUUAGUCACACUCUGAUCUUUUCCUCCCAUAACCGAUGCCCAUGAGUCCUGAAUAUCUGGUUGUCCAAAGCUGCACGAAGCAAUAUCAACAAGCUGAUAUCGUCCGGUAAGUUGUUAUCCUGCUUUCUCUUAUCCGCACCCACUUGUUUGAGCUUACUCAACGUCCUUAAAUUUCCCCUUUAUCUCUCAAAGUUCUCCUCAAUUCUGAAACCAGUCAUGAUGCAAGUUGAAAUCCAGUCAACGAACCCCGGACCAGGCUUGGAACAACAUGAAAACCUUUCCAAGACGCCAAACCACUCAUCUCAGCAACUCCCCAUCAGUACCAACCCCAAAACACCAAAAAAGCUGACUCUUAUCCCUCUUAUCUUCCUCAUCUAUUUUGAAGUUGCUGGCGGCCCCUUCGGUGAAGAGCCCGCAGUUCAGGCUGCAGGCCCUCUCUUUGCCCUUCUGGGGUUCCUUGUGUUCCCUUUCAUCUGGAGUGUCCCCGAAGCUCUGAUCACUGCAGAGCUUUCUACCGCCUUCCCUGGUAAUGGAGGCUUUGUUAUUUGGGCCGAUCGUGCUUUUGGUCCAUUCUUUGGCUCCCUGAUGGGAUCUUGGAAAUUCUUUAGUGGCGUCAUUAACAUCGCGUCUUUUCCAGUUCUAUGCAUAGACUAUCUAAAGAAGAUUAUCCAUCCUUUGGAGUCAGGCUGGCCUCGGCAAAUUGCUAUUUUGAUUUCAACUUUGGUAUUAUCUUUUGUAAACUAUACGGGAUUAACCAUUGUUGGUUGGGCUGCUGUUUUGCUAGGUAUUGUUUCGCUUUCGCCUUUUAUUUUAAUGUCGCUUAUAGCAAUCCCCAAGAUCCAACCCCAUAGAUGGCUCAGUUUAGGGCAGAAAGGUGUGAAAAGAGAUUGGAAUCUGUUUUUCAAUACCCUUUUCUGGAAUUUGAACUUUUGGGACAGUGCUAGUACUCUUGCCGGAGAAGUAGAUAAACCCCAGAAAACGUAUCCUCGUGCUCUUCUUGUAGCAGUGAUUUUCACUUGUUCAGCCUACCUGGUUCCACUCUUUGCGGUCACUGGGGCUGUUUCUGUUGAUCAAAGUGCUUGGGAGUCCGGAUUUCAUGCUGAAGCUGCAGGCAUGAUUGCAGGGAAGUGGCUGAAAUACUGGAUUGAAGUGGGUGCUGUGUUAUCAGCAAUCGGUUUAUUUGAAGCUCAAUUAAGCAGCUGUGCUUAUCAACUUGUGGGAAUGGCAGAUUUAGCCAUUUUGCCUAAGUUUUUCAGUAGCAGAUCCAAAUGGUUCAACACUCCUUGGCUGGGGAUACUGCUUUCAUCUUUCAUCGCAAUUGGUAUGUCAUAUAUGACUUUUACAGAUAUCAUAUCAUCAGCAAAUUUCUUGUACAGUUUGGGAAUGCUCCUGGAAUUUGCAUCUUUCAUUUGGCUGAGGAGAAAGUUGCCAGAAAUAAAAAGACCUUACAGGGUUCCUCUGAGGAUUCCAGGACUGGUUAUCAUGUGUUUGAUCCCAUCAGCAUUCCUUAUAGUUGUUAUGGUUAUUGCCACUAAAAUUGUAUUUUUGGUUAGUGGCCUCAUGACUGUGGGCGCCAUUGGAUGGUACUUUCUGAUGAAAUUUUGCAGGAAAAAGAAGAUAUUUAGGUACAGCAAUGUUGAAGUUGAAGAAAGAUGACAAGUCAAGACACAUCAAGAUUCUUAGCAGCAAACAGUUAUUUAGAGUUGGGACAUUGGGCUUUGAGUUUGUAUAGGUGUUGAACUUUGAGUUUGUAUGGGUGUUGAGUCCUGUCUUCGGCCAAUGAACUUGUUAAUUGCGUACAUAGAGAAUCCUGCUUGUUUGCCCAUCUCGUUCUUUUGCUCUGUUUUAGUCCACCCUUCUGAAGAUUUUCUUCGAUUGAGGAAAGGGUGAAAAAAACCAGAGAGGAAAAGGUGGAACAAUGAAGCUUGUUCUGUUCUCACUUUUGAGUUUCCA